UCGAGUAAGAGCCGAUGACGUCAGCACUUCCACAACAACAAGCAGCAGCAGAAAAACAAGGAAGUGAAACACUGCGAGCCGUAAGCUGUUUUUGUUUCAGCGACGCCGUGACGAGACACAAAUAGCCACCGCAGUAAUAUUCACACAUUCUACAAACCGCAACCCCGACGACAACAAUGAACAACAAAGGAUCCUAUCCUCAGCAGAGUGUGUACCCUCAGCAGAACACUGCGCCCGUCUACCCUCCCACUAUGCAAAUGUCUCCUCAGGCGCCUCCUUACACUGACACGCCCCCCGCAUACUCUGAGAUCUACCAGCCCAGAUACGUGCUUCCCCAUCAGGUGACCGGCCAGAUGCCUCAGAUGUCGUCCCCAUACGUCGGCACUCAGGUCUACAUGCCCAUGCAGCCACAGAUGCCCGUGGGUCACAUGGGACAGAACGUGCCCUUGGCUUACUAUCCCGUGGGGGCCGUGUACCCCCCGGGGUCCACAGUGAUGAUGGAGGGCGGCUACGACGCCGGCGCUCGCUUCACAGCCGGCAGCAGCGUGUCCAUGCCGCCCCCACCCCCUGGACACCCCCCCAACGCGGCCCAGCUGGCGGCCAUGCAGGGCGCCAACGUGGUCAUGUCGCAGCGAAAGAGCAACUUCUUCCUGGGCGGCUCCGGCGGAGGUUACACCAUCUGGUAACGGCAGCUGAUCCCUCACGCCUACAACCGCGUAACUCCCCCCCCCCUCUCACCUCCCGUCAAUCACACUCCCCCCCCCCUCCCCUCCCGUUAGGCUGCUUGGCCACAAUACUGACAUCACCUAAUGGAAUGUAAUGUUUUCAAGCCCUUGUAAAAGGUACAGUACUCCACUUGUGACCUAGCGAUCAAAUGACGAGCGGCAGUAUUUAACGUCGUCGAGUCCGUUCCAUCGCCCCCCCUCCCCACCCUCCAUUGCUGUGCUUUUUAUUUAAGGCCAUUCCGGGUCGACGAGAAGCCGCGCUAUGGUACUAACAGAUUCGUAGGUUAGCGAUGUAGCUAGGUUUGUGUUUUUAGUGGUGCCAGGCAGAUCACCGUGCGAUCUUAUUCAAAUCCGGUCAGGAGACUAAAACAUCAGAUAUCAACCGAUAAAAGAUCCUGUAGGUUAAUCAAUAAAAAAAAAGGGUCUCUUAUAAAGUCCAGAGCAGGAGUGUCCAAACCUUUUCCAGCGAGGGCCGCACACAAUACAAUGAAAGCUGCAGGGUCCACGUUGAUACAUUUAAAGAUGCUAAAAUCAGUCCGAUACAGGUCUAAAAAUGAUAAGUGACAACGCAAGUGUGAUGCAAUAUCUCAUAAUAAUGAAUGAAUCUGAUAUUUCCAUAUGUAGAUGGUUAAAAAAAAAAAAUCUUUGGACAUCCCUGGCCUAGAGACUUGCAUCUCCAACAUUGGACCCACAUUAGUGUAGAUAGCUCAGCUGCUUCAUGGUGAAAGUAAAGCGCAUCACCAAGUUUGAAGGGGAAAAAAAAAAGACAAAAAAAAAAAAAAUCACCACUUUUUUUUUUUUGUGUAGCUAAUCUGAAUAUAUGUGUAGUAGUUCCAUGUAAGUACGAGUAUGACUAUCACAGAAAUCCUCUAGAAAAAACAUGCAUCUUGGAUGCUUUUAGAUAGAUUGAACUCGUCUAAAUUACAUCAUUUAAAUUCGGGAAAGAAAAGAAAACCUAAUAAAUUGGAGAAAAAAAAAAGAUAUACGACUUCAACGCACUUGCAGCCAAAGUGGUUUACUGUACCUUGUUGGGCAUCUUGUAGUUUUAACAAAUAGUCAAAAGUGCCAAAGAGCACGUUUAAUGAAAUCAAACUUUAAAAAGUUAAGAUUUAGUCAAUCCAAAUAUUGAGUCGAGUGGAAAGGGGCUGGUUGGUGUAACAUUUUACAGCUUUUCUUUUCUUUCUGCCCCCCCCCGCUGUCGGAUACCCAGAGUUUAUACACUACGUCUGUUACUCGCUGUGUCGCAUCCUCGCGUGCUUGAAGAAGAAGAGAAAAAAAAAGCCCACUUUUUUUCCACAUUUUUGCAAAAGUUAUCUGGUUUAUUUUCCACUUUUAUUAGGCUUGUUGAUUUUUUUUUUUUUAGUUUGGUUGUGAUGCUUUGCAUUAGAAAAGCUAACAUAUCAAUUCAUAAACGGAUUGUUAGUGAUUUUUAAAAACAAACACAUGUUAGUUUGUGACGUUUUUGCACCUUUUGUAUUAAUUUAAUUAAAGCUGAGAUGCACUACUAAGCUAAUUCUAUACCGUUGGUUUCUUUUUAAUGAGGGUGGUUGUUUAGUACAUCUUGUUUUCUACUUAAAAAAAAAAGGAAGCUGUGAACUAGUUUGCUCAAGUCUGUGCGCUGAUUUAACGUUCAGAUGACUAACUACUGACGUUUGUGAACGUUUACUGAUAAAACUGACAAUGUUAACCUACGUGUCCAUCAUACAUACCUCGAAACUUUUAGAUCAGAUCACAAGAAAGUUAUGGAAACAAUGUCGCUGAGCGGGAACGGAAAGUCCCAGAAGUGUGACCAAGCAUCCCCGUGCUGUGAUUGGUUCCGACGCGUCACGUCAUCGGGCUUAUCCAAUCAGCAUGCUGCAUUUGCGCUCCUUCAAAAUGCUACAUUUUUUUAGCGGACCGUUUUUUUUAAGGAAGCCCAAUUUAUGUUGCGGGAACAAUUGUUUGAGUUUUAUACCAUUCAGCCAACAAAAUAUUAUAAAGUGAAAAAUAGGUUGUUUUACUUACUUUAACAACGACAUGGCAAAAUCCCGGAAGGGUGACGAAGCAUCCCCGUGCUGUGAUUGGUUCCAUCGCGACACGUCAUUGGGCUUAUCCAAUCAGCAUGCUGCAUUUGCGCUCUUUCAAAAUGCUACAUAUUUCUGAGCGGACCGUUUUUUUUCAGGAAGCCCAAUUUAUGUUGCGGGAACAUUUGUUUGAGUUUUGUAUCAUUCUGCCAACAAAAUAUUAUUGUAAAGUGAAACAACAGGUCGUUUUAAUUACUUUAACAACGACAUGGCAAAAUCCCGGAAGUGUGACGAAGCGACCGGCAUCCCUGUGCUGUGAUUGGUUCCGACGCUUAACGUCAUCGGGUUUAUCCAAUCAGCAUGCUGCAUUUGCGCUCCUUCAAAAUGCUACAUAUUUUUUUGCGGACCCUUUUUUUAAGGAAGCCCAAUUUAUGUUGCGGGAACAUUUGUUUGAGUUUUGUAUCAUUCAGCCAACAUAAUGGUAUUGUAAAGUGCAAAAACAGGUCGUUUUAAUUACUUUAACAACGACAUGGCAAAAUCUCGGAAGUAUGACCAGGCAUCCCCGUGCUGUGAUUGGUUCCAUCGCGUCACGUCACCGGGGUUAUCCAAUCAGCAUGCUGCAUUUGCGCACCUUCAAAAUACAUAUUUUUUUAGCGGACCGUUUUUUUUAAGGAAGACCACUUUAUGUUGCGGGAACAAUUGUUUGAGUUUUGUAUCAUUCAGCCAACAAAAUAUUGUAAAGUGAAAAAACAGGUCGUUUUAAUUACUUUAACAACUCGGAAGUAUGACCAAGCAUCCCCGUGCUGUGAUUGGUUCCAUCGCGUCACGUCACCGGGGUUAUCCAAUCAGCAUGCUGCAUUUGCGCUCCUUCAAAAUACAUAUUUUUUUAGUGGACCGUUUUUUUUUAAGGAAGCCCACUUUAUGUUGCGGGAAAAAUUGUUUUGAGUUUUGUACCAUUCAGCCAACAAAAUAUUAAUAUAAAGUGAAAAAUAGGUUGCUUUACUUAACCUUAAUAACAUGGCAAAAUCCCGGAAGUGUGACCAAGUUAGCGGCGAGGAUUGGUCCAAACGGAACACGUGACUGGUUUUGGCCAAUCCGCACGCUCAUGUAAAAACUGCUGCUUUGAGAGUACACUAGUGUUAAUUAAAAAGCUGAAAAUGAAGAUAAAACAACAAAGGCCGUUUUCUUGUUCCUCCUCUCGAUACAGCAAAGAGUGAAUACUACAAACUCUGCAACACUUUCCUUACAUAUUCAUUCAAGUUGCAUCAUGUCAUUUUUUUUUUUUUUUAUGCAUUUUAUUUUACAGGUAAGCCACGGCUGAGGUCUGUGGUUGUUUUUGUUUCCAAUCCAUCCGCGUGGUGACUGGGUAUCCGACUAACUUCAUUCACUUUUUGGCCGCUGUGGCCACCGGGGGAGAAAAAAAACAUGGCGACUAAUGUUAAUGAUGCAGUUGCCGUGGAAACCGUGCUGCUAUUCAGGCGACGUUCCUGAGAAAAUAAGGAAAAAAACGGGGCUACAGCGUCCAAAACUUGACCCAUCCUGUUUAUUAUUUCCCCAUCAAUUUAUUGUGUGUGACAACGGUGCCAGCAAUAUGAAGUACUUCCUGUAUGAGUGCCGCAUUUAAGACGCCAACCACAGCCCGGACGAGACUCUCUCCGUCGAAGGAUUACGGACAUUUCAUUGUUCAGGGAUUCUAUUUCCGAUGUUUGUAGAAAAAAAUGUCGAGAUGCAGCGCUGAAAGCGACGGACUUGUUCUGCACACGUUCUUGUCUUUUAAGAAGACUAAAGGGUGUCAACAACGAGUCCUGCGGGGGACGUCGAGAACUAAGGUGCACUUAACUUUUUUUAUACUAAACUUAAGAUUUCAACAAAAAAAAAGUAAGUUUAGAAUAAGGGUUAUUUUGGACAUUUGAGACAUUUGUUGUUUAAAUUUAUCCACGUAUGUAAUGUAUUAAAAUGGGGCAUACCGCUAAAUAAAGGACAUUUGGGUUCUUUUGUAACGUGA